AUGCGUUUCCCCUCCCUCUGGUCUUCACACCGCCCCAAACCGUCAGAUGCUGAUUCUACAGCAUCAGGGACGGCGCCUACUCUUCCAACUGGCACCGAAGAUAGUACACGUCUAGAGAUGAUCAAAAUAGUUACUCCGGAUGACCAGGACACAAGGAACAACAAGGAACAUACCGCCACAACCGUCAGCGUCGAUCAGCCCGUCGCAGUGUCUGAGUCUUCUCUUCAGGAUGAUUCAUCAGCAAGCAUAGAAUCCACAAAUGUCGCCGCGUGGUCUAGUUGUGCGAAGGUAGUGUGGGAACAUGAAGAAGCUAUUGUAACUAAAUGGAAGGAGGGGAUUAAUAAUAUGCUACUGUUUGUCUCAUUGGUCCUAUUCCUUGCGGGUCUCGUAAAGUACCUGUGGACCCUCAACACCCAGAUUGCUCAUGUCAUCAUACUUCUGGUCGUCUUGUCGCUGUCAAUUUCUGUCUGUACCCCGUUCAUUUCUGCCCUCGUGCCGGGUUGUCCCUUCAAGUCACGACAGUCUUGGUGGUGGUACUUGGUACUGCGAUGGCCCGGCAAUACGUAUCGUUACUUGCUGUGGGUUUUCGGUAGGAUAUGGCCACCACGAGAGCUCAUUGCUUCAGCCUCCCGACUCUUCUUCAAGGUACACCAUGCGAUAACUUCAUUCUUUGAAUACCCACGUAUCAUUUGCAAAGCGACCACGCAGUUGGCAGACUGGAAAGAACUAGAUGAUUUUGCUGUCCGGUUCCAAGCUGCGAGACGCCUCGACGGAUAUCAACUGGAGAUGCUCGUGGAGGCUGACAGAAUGAUCAUGGAUGACACCAUCCUCAUGACGGUGAUUUGGCCUUGUCUUUGGUCUGGCUCUAUCACGUCUGCUCUACAUGCAUUCUAUGGCAUCCUGGAGCAUCGAGUCCACCACGUUGAUCGUUCGACUUCUCCACCCCGAUAUGAAUGGUCGCCGGGUGACCUUGACUCCAAAACGGCUAUCUGGAUGGGCCAAAAUGCUCUCGUGCUGUUGGAUGGAGUUUCCGCCGCGUCCGUGGACGAUCGAGUGGAUCAUUGCCAACGCCUUAUCGCGUCCCUUUCGCAACUAGUCCGUAUAAUGGCGGACACACCAACCGCCCGAGCAGUCUAUCACCGCUUCUUGACCACACGGCACAAGUUGAACAAUUUGUCUGAGGUCCGUGGCGUCGACACACUGCUGAGUAUCUGUGAUAAUCAUUUUCGUCCUCGCGAGAUAUACGGUCAUGACGUCAAACUAUCCACAUUCAUAGAUACGGAUGGCACAACGGCGGACGAUUCCUUUCUCGACGAAGUCGUGCGGCCGUUGCUCAAUCAAGUCGAUGUUGAUUUCUCAUUGAAGGCUUUCUAUCGCAUAUUGCAACAUCGAGCCGAGCAUAUGGAUUUUUCUGUGGACCCACCUGAUCUCCAAUGGUCUCCUGCUAGUUGGACCAGUGUCAGAGCUAUCACGAUUGCCAGGUUGUGCACGCAGAUGUUGUCUCGUCUUCUUGACGGCGUGCUUGGCUUUCAUGAACAUGCCAUGGCCAUCAUGCAGUAUCUAAACGAAGUAAUUGUGGUCAUACCCGCUGCAGAACCGGACAUCUAUAGGCGCAUUGUUGAACUGUCCUCGGACGACAAGUACAAGCUGAACAUCUCGUAUGAGCUCCGGGUCCAGCUGCUGUCAUUGACGCUUCGUCCGCAGGAUCGAUUUGGCAAUCCUGAUUCUAAAGAUGCCAAUUGGAAAUCAUCCAUGGUCCUGGGACACAUCGCUCUCGAUCUGUUCACAAGGACCUGUGAGGAUACCACCCUCGUGGACAAUGAUCGCGAGCAGUACCAGUCGACUCUCCUGAAGAAAUUGCACAAACUUUUCGAUACCAUGCCGGUAACAGAAACGCAAGUUUUCAACCGAAUGCUCAAUCUCUUCACAAGCCCCCAAUUCCCCUCAAAAAGGUGGGAGGAGGCUGCGGAACUGAAGGUACCUAAUCACGGGUUCCGGAGACCCUUCCGCAAGAUCUCAAACUCAGCGCUGUGGUGCGCAUCGCGAUUGAACUACAACUGCUACGUGAUGAUCAAGAAGCGAGUACGGGACGUGCUGGACAAUGCGCUUGCAGCAAUUAAGGCGGCUCCGAGUAUAGUUUCGCUGUCCGGCGCUAUCAGCAUCGACGAAAAUUGGAACGACAUCCGGUUGCUCCUAGUUGCUUGCGAGGAUCUCGAGAAAAUGGACAACAUAAUCAUCAGGCCAGAGUUGAUAGAGGCUCUUGAAGAGCUUGCGCGGAACUGCCCAGACCAUCAACAUCAUUGCAAUCAGAUUCGUGGAACAGCGACUAUAUUGCACGAGCUUAAUCAUCGGCUCGACGCCCGCCUCAUCCGUAUUCUGAAAUUCGACAAAGUCGACUUUGCCCUCGUUCGACUGCGAAUGACCGUCGAGCGAUGUAUAAGCAUUAUGUGGUCAACAAUUCUCGAAUUACCGAUAAUGAGACUGAUGCCUCGCCCAGACACUCUGCGGUUCACAUGCAAGAACCCGCGCAGCUCCAACGGCUCAUUGAGUUCGGGGUGGAAUAGGAACGCCUCGUACGCGCUCGGAUCUGCGCGGAUCUGCGCUGAGGUGAGCAGGCGGAGGUAUGCGACGAUUGAGUUUGACACUGGACAGAGGUAUGUUAAAAGCUUCAAGGAGAAUCGCAGGCGUGAGCAGGCGGCCGUUGCCUUCGGGCAUGAUGAUGUUGUUGAUAAGCGAGAUAAAGCAGUCGUAGAAGUCUUCGUACGCGAGCUUCUCGAAGCCUGCGUCAUCGAGGAGCGGCUGCGUCGACUCCAAUGCGGAGAUGGCACGGGUGACGGCAAGGGGCGUGUCGGGUGCAAGGAGGAUGUGUUCAAUCACCACGACUAUUCUGAUAAUGGCACCCAGGCACAAAGGCUGCCACAUGAGUCAAAGAGCGGUACUACACAAGGGCAACUAAAUCACGUCAGCGUCACAUCCGACCCAUAUCUCGAUGUCAUCACGCCGACUCUUGACGGCACGAUCCUCCCCGGCAUCACGCGCGACUCAUGCCUCUCACUUGCUGCUGCACACCCCUCCCGCACACUCCUCCCACACCUGCUGCCUACGCUACGCCUGCAUGCACGCGAGCAGACUCUCCGGAUGAGCGAGCUCGCGCGUUGGAACGCCGAGGGCCGCCUAAUCGAGGUGUUCACGACCGGUACCGCUGUCGUCAUCACUGGCGUCGGGCGCAUCGGAUACAACGGCAAGGACAUCAUCCUUUCUGAGCACGAGGGCGGGCGUGGACCUGUCGCCCAUGCGCUGUACGAGCGUCUCCUGGAAAUCCAGGAGGGACGGUUCGAGUUCGAUGGGUGGUCGAUACCGUGUUAGUGAGUGUACUAUGAGCGUGCAUUGCUAUCCUGGAGGCAAGGGAGCUUCAAAAAGUCGACGGUCUGUUCGUCGACACUCGGGGGAUCAACCAGCGGAAGUCUGGCUGCUUGGAUUACGGAACGUGGCGACGCAGUAUACUUACAAAUAAAUGUAUAGAGUAUGUAUGAAUCAUAACAACUUGUUGC